AAAUGCAGUAUUUGAAUUUUGGUGAGUGGUAAAGACCCUGCCCUAGGACCCAUUUGACAAAUGAGAAGCUGUGCAGCAUCAGCACCAGCCGACCGAGCCUCCCCGAGUCAAUCUCGCUCUCGACUAGUCAGCAGCUACUGUUGUGAGACAAGCUUCAGCUCUCUGUCAUUGAGGAAGUUCCAUUUGCUCAUCAAUAGGCUGCAGGCUGUGUCUUCUUUUUUUUCCUCUCUGUUAAAAAUCCGUAGUUUAAAUCUACCAAGUUGCCUUAGCUGACAAAUGAAUGUAGGGAUCUAGCGCUGGGGGAGAGGAAGGCAGUGAAGAAAGACUGUUUCCUUACUUAAAUAAUCAGAAGGAAAAAAACUGUAGUGACAAGAUAGGGCAAACGUGCUUGCAUGCAAGCCCCCUCACUUGUUCUACGUAGACUUCAGAGCAACACCAUGCAGCAUCCCCUUACGGGUGCAACCUGCGUGGCACUGCCGAACGUGGGCAUGUGUCCCCAGCUCUCCUGUGCCUUGACUUUUAUGUACUUACAGCAGAGGUUUGUGCGAACUUAGGUAGCUGGUGCACACAUGGGACAUCAUCAAAGAGCCCAACCAGAAAGUCAGAGCUUGGAGUUGGAGUGCCAUACAGCUAUACAAUUUAGAAGCAUGUUGUUAUAGUGAGGCAAGCAAAGCAUCCUUUCAUUAAAACAGCUGAUGUGGGCUUUGCCCCUGACAGAAGUUAUUUGGUUCUAGCUCUGAGUUUGGAAGAAGUUGGUAUAUAGAUUUUCCCCUAACUUUCAAUUGAUGUGUUUAGCUUUAGUGGGAGUAAUACUAUCACUUAAACCAUGUUGUCGUCUCAAGGAGUUUUGCUACAUCCAUAUGGAGUGCCAAUGAUUCUGCCGGCAGCACCAUACUUCGCUGGACUUGUUCAGGGUAAUCAGGAAGCUACAGCACCUCCUGACACAAUGGCACAGCCUUAUGCCUCAGCCCAGUUUGCUCCUCCUCAGAACGGUAUACCUGCAGAAUACACAGCCCCACAUCCUCAUCCAGCUCCAGACUACACAGGCCAAACCACUGUUCCAGAGCACACAUUAAACAUGUACCCUCCUGCUCAGACACACUCUGAACAGAGUGCAGCUGACACAAAUGCACAAACUGUCUCCGGCACAGCCACACAGACAGAAGAUGCAGCACAGACCGAUGGUCAGCAACAGACGCAAUCUUCUGAAAACACAGAAAACAAAUCACAGCCAAAACGGCUUCACGUCUCAAAUAUACCAUUCAGAUUCCGUGAUCCAGAUCUUAGACAAAUGUUUGGUCAAUUUGGUAAAAUCUUAGAUGUUGAAAUUAUUUUUAAUGAGCGAGGCUCAAAGGGAUUUGGUUUCGUAACUUUCGAAAAUAGUGCUGAUGCGGACAGGGCGAGGGAGAAAUUACACGGCACCGUGGUAGAGGGCCGUAAAAUCGAGGUAAAUAAUGCAACAGCACGUGUAAUGACAAAUAAAAAGACCGUCAACCCUUACACGAAUGGCUGGAAAUUAAAUCCAGUUGUUGGUGCGGUUUAUAGUCCAGAAUUCUAUGCAGGCAGGGUGCUGCUGUGCCAGGCAAACCAGGAGGGAUCUCCCGUGUACAGUGCCCCCAGUUCACUAGUAUACACAUCCACAAUGCCAGGAUUUCCCUACCCUGCUGCAACUGCAGCUGCCGCGUACAGAGGUGCCCACCUAAGAGGCCGAGGUCGCACAGUGUACAACACGUUUCGUGCAGCAGCACCCCCCCCUCCGAUUCCAGCCUACGGCGGUGUUGUAUACCAGGAUGGAUUUUAUGGUGCAGACAUUUAUGGUGGUUAUGCUGCCUACCGGUAUGCCCAGCCUGCCACUGCCACUGCAGCUGCCUACAGUGACAGUUACGGACGAGUUUAUGCUGCAGACCCCUACCACCACACACUUGCUCCAGCAGCCACCUACGGCGUUGGUGCCGUGAAUGCUUUUGCACCCUUGACUGAUGCCAAGACUAGGAGCCAUGCUGAUGAUGUCGGUCUCGUUCUUUCUUCAUUACAGGCUAGUAUAUACCGAGGGGGAUACAGCCGUUUUGCUCCAUACUAAAUGACAAAACCAUAAAAACCUUCCAAUGUGGGGAAAAAGGAAGCUUUCCGAGGCCUGGGUAUUGCAAUACAUGCAGUAGUGCAUCAUUUUAGCAACUCUAAAAAGAGGAAAAAUUACAUUUUUUAUCUUAUACCUCAGAUAUUUUGUUCUGUGUAUUUUAAUAUUGUGGGUCUUUAAUUUCCGAAGGUUACGUAGUUUGAUUGCUGGCUGUAGAAGUUUUUGUGGUUGAUCUAGAAAGCUGCUAGAUAUGAAUAAAAACUGUUUUAGGGCCACAAUCAAGAGUGCUAUAUCAUGUAAAUGAAUUAUAUAUGCUGAAUAUUAAGCUAUUGGGGUUAUCACAUGUUUUGUAAGAGUGUAAGUGACUACAGUAGUCAUUUUUUUCUGCAUCUACAUUUAUUUUAGUUUAUGAGAGGGAGGGAGGGGGGAAAUUGGGGACAUGGGAAUGGGGUUUAGCUAAAAUAUAAAUUAAUGAAGCAAAAAGGGGCCCCACUGCACCAACUAUCAUAUAUCAGCUGUCUUAAAUUAUUCACUGUUUGUUCAAAGCCAAAGGUUAUGUUCUUAUUAGGGGUGCUUCUCUCAAUACUUGUACAUAAAAUCAGAUUCAAAGCUGUCCGAAGGCACCCUUUUAAAGCAUUCCACCAGGCAGUAUUCAGCUAUUUAACCAUAACUAGUUAUUUAGGCAAAAACUGCUAGUUAGAUCAUUAACAAGCAUUCUUUUUAUAUUUCUUCCAGUAAAAUAAAUUAUUGAUAUCAUUGCUGACUUUUAUAUUAUGGGAGGGAAAAAAAAAACAAUAAUAAAAA